AUGGACCCAUGCGAUCGCCUGACUGACACGCUACUGGACUCGGCAUGGGCGACGCAGGCGGUGGAACUCUUCGCGGAUGAGCUGCGUGACCUCGAGCAGCUGGAGGAGGCUGAGAGCGAGUUGUUCCAGGCGGAGCUGCGGCGCCUCCGCGAGGCCCUGCCAGAGGCAUCAGCGGUGCGCCCACCGAGCUUAGACGUGGGUGUAAGGAGCCCGGAAAAGAGGGGCGCCGUGAAGGCGCGGAAGGGCGGUGCUGUGGGAAAGCGCGGCCUCGCGGAGAACCCGCCUGCGCACGGCUCUUUGAAUGGUAGCAGCAAAGCCGCCUUCGCCGCGGCCGCUCGCAAGGCGUCGCGCGUCGUGAAGGAGAAGGAGGCCGCGCUGCUAAGGGCGCGGGGGGAGGAGCACUGGUGGCGGGCCGUACAGGGCUACAAGCAGCAGAUGCAGCAGGCACGUGAAGAGGCUGAGGUGCAGCGCACCACUGCCCGUCGACAGCAGCGCUUCUUCUGCUCGCGUGGCAUCGACGAGUACAUGAUGGACGACAUCCUGCACGGGGCCCCGGGGAAAUCACCGAAGCGGAAGGCUGGGGUGACAGACGCCGUCGGCGACGAGGCGUGGGGCAAGGACGCGUCGCUGGACGACGGUCAGUUUGCCGUCGACGCGUCAGUCACAUUCGCAAGCGUCAGCAGCGCGUCGUCGCCGCUGCGCCUCGCUGCUAGCGGUUCCGGUAACACCAGCAGCAACAAUAAUAGCGCCACCUGCGAGUUUGUACUCGAUGCGGUUGCAUUCGCCACGGAGCUCAACGCAGUGCUGCAGAAGGAGUACGGCUUCCGCCCUAUCCUUACACGCGCGGGGAGGGUGGCGGAUAGCACCGUUGCUUCUUCUGCCGACCUGCGGGCGAAGCUUCUCACCCACGCACCCGGCGACUGGAUGGGUGUUGGGGAGCUGUGGAGCUCCACUCUGCCGCCGGUAGUGCAUGCCGCCGAUGAUGAAACAACUCAGCGCCGUCAAGAGCAACAACAGCAACAACAACAAAAACAGCGUCUUGCAGUAAAAGGCCGUGACGAUGAGAGCACCGUGGUGUCGUUGCCACCUGUCCGGCGUCUAUCCAAGGGGGAAGUGUCAGGCGCAGCAGCAGCAGCAACAGUCGCGGGAAGCAGCACUUCCCAUACCACUUCUUCACGAGCUGCGGGCGGAAGUAGCAUCGCAAAAAUUGAGUGCUCUGCAGCUAACAACUGCGUGCGGCUGCGGACGACGUCUGGGAUGGAGGUAAGCACUACAGUUCGAUUGACUAGCCGUGAUCCAAGGCGUCUCCGCUUUCGGGUUCGACCCUCCAGUCACACAUGGAUCACGUAUUCGAUUGUGAACUCAUCCCUCGGCGCCCCAGAAUUGCCAUCAUCGANGCCUUAUACGGCGCUAAAGGAACCGCUUGCCUGUGGUGGGUUUAUUGACGUGCGGGUCACAUUUGAACCACAGAGUGCGUCGGAGCCCUCUAUUAGGGAGGUGCUGCAAAUCGGGCAUUGCCGGGAGGUGAACUCUUGCCGCGGUGAGGGGGCGAAGUGGCAUUUCUUUGAUGUCACGGUGCUAUGCGAGACGGCGUUGCCGCAGUUCCGACUCAUCCCGGCGCUGGAGGAUGAGGAAGAAGAGGCGGAGGAGGAGGAGGAUGCGACGGCGGCGGUGGUGUCAUCCGCAGCUGUUUUCGCUCCUUCUCUGGCGGCCACCAAGACCACCACGACUGUAACGAUUGCUGUUCCUAGGAAGACGCGUUCCCGCCGGCGCCACAAAGAGCCGGACCAGGCUGUCACGAUAUGUGAAUUCCCGUACACCUUUGUCAUGGAUUCGUGCACGAAAUAUUUUUACCUUGAGAAUACCGGCUCUGACGCGGUGAUCAAGCUGAGCAGCAGCUCCCCGUACUUUAAAAUUGAACCACCGCCCGAAACGAGCAUCCUGCUGCCGGGCGGAGACCGCAUGGAUGUUGCGGUGUGCUUUGCCCCAAUGAAGGAGGCGCGCUACGACACGGAGGAGUUCUGUGUGUUGGUGCAGGAGUCGGAGGAGGGGCCCGUCGUAGCCGAGCACAGAUUCGGUCUGCGCGCCGAGGGGGUCCUGCCGCAUGUUGAACUUGUACGCAUCGGCCCACUUGAACUGAGCAAGCAGCAGAAGGAUGACUCUGAUGAUGUGCCGCAAUACCUCGUGCCCGGCACCGCACCUGGUGUGGAGACGGAGGUGCAGGUGGUGGUGCGCAACAGCUGUCCCAUCCCCGUGCCGUACUACUGGCGCACCGACAGCGUCGGCGGGGGCGGGCGUUCAUGCGUGCAGCUGCGCGUGGUUCCCGCCAGUGGCACGUUUCCACCGCGGAAGAACACGAGCUUCCGCGUGAGCAUGCGGCCCACCGCCGCGCAGCCCAUUGCCGCUGUGCUGNAUCUCUUCCUUGAUGGCCUCCCUACGCCGCCGGUCGACGGUGCCGAAGUGCUCACUGCUUCCUCGUCUCUCAUCACGGCGGCGGCGGUGGCGCAGUACACGCGCACCAAAGCGAUCCCUGCCGUGCCGGAUCACAACGUGGUGGACCAGAUGUCGGACCCGUACAGCGUCUUUCACCACUGCACGCGACCGCAGUCCUCCGGCUGCUGCGGUGUGUUCGCCGCAGGGUUUUACCUCUUCGCCGAUCCUGUCAUACCGUCCCUCGUGAUCAUUCCUGACCACCUUGAAGAGGGCGUGGAGUGCCUCGUUCACUACGAUAAUGUCCGGCGCAUCACGCUGCAAAACAAGUCGCCACGCCCAUUGCAUUUCUGCUUCGACCCGAAGGCUGACGAGUGCGCACCGGAAAUACAACUCUCCUCUGCCCGAGACCGUGAGGGAGUGGAAGUAAAGUUCCAGCCUCGAACGGGAUGCGUGCCGCCGCACGCCAGCGUCACCGUGACGUUCCGUUUUACAUUGCGUGCAGUUGGCCACCACGAAGUGUCGAUUGAUUGCUACAUUCCAGAGCUGAUGGAGCUGCUGUCGCCCAACUUGGCGAAACCAAUGACGACGACAGGGGCAGGAGCAGGAGCCGCAGCAGCAGCAGCAGCGUUGGCGUCACCUAUAUUGACGGACUUGCGCUGUUCACAUCAGCUGCACCUCAGUGUGACUGGUAUUGGACCGUCUGUGCGCGUGAGCACCGAUUUCUUGGACUUUGGCCUGAUUGAACUGGGCGGCGAGAUGGAGUCGUCUUUCACCGUGACAAACGACAACCCCAUUCCUGUCGUGUUCGACCUGCAGGAUCCGAUGAUGCGGGAGCCGCACCGCUUCGUGUUUCUCCCGCCGUCCUUCCGCCUCGGUGCGGGGGAGUCGGUGGAAGUGACAGUGUAUCGCCAGGCGGUGGAGAUAGGCGACGCGCAGACCUUUUUCGAAUUAGUGGUACGUGGCGGUGGCACGCUCGCUAUCGAAACGCGUGCGACUAUUCAGGCGCCGUUGCUGCUGCUGGAGGAGGCCGUCGUGAACUUCGGCGUCGUGCCAGAGGGCUCGUGGGUGGAGCAGAGCUUCGUUGUGUCCAACACGUCUUCCUUCGACGUGCCGUACGCCGUCGAGCCUGCGGCGCUUCCGUCGUGCAUUGAGGUGUGCGUGCCGCCACCAGGCGUGGUGCGGGCGGGGCGACACGGCAUCCAAAUCCCAGUGCGCUGCGCGUUCGGUCUCCACCAUGCGGGCGACGGCGGGUAUGAGGCGCUACUGUGCAUCCGAAACGCACGAACGCCGCAGGAGUUAUUCGUCGAGCUGCGCUGUGAGAGGGUGCAGCAGCUGGCGGUGGCGCUCAAUCUCAUACCCGUCCCAAAGGCUGCGGAGGGCGCCAAUGCCAUGGCAUAUGCUCCACCUCUCUUGCCCUUUGGUCUCCCACCGCCGCCAACGAUGAAGGAAGCUGACUACAUCGAGGCGCUGCUGUGGAACCUUGUGGAGAUGAAGGUGCUAAACGGCAAUGCUUCACUUGGCAGCAAUGAGAUUCUCCAAAAUGUGGAUAACGGGGACAACAAGAAUAAUAGCAAGAGCGCUGAUCUGCUUCCUGCAUCUUCUGCUCUUGUUGUUGCCGCUUCUGCGGAGACUGCUGUUGGUAUGAGUGGUGGGACGGAAGAACUGCCGGUUGUUUUGCGGCCGUACUGCCCGCCUGUCGUGAUAAAGGUGCACCUGCCCGAUGGCGAGCCGGUGUGGUCAGAGCUGUUGGGCUUGCGUGUGAGCAAUCAGACUGGCUGCCACAGCUCAUACAGUGUGGAAGCCCUGCGCUACUCUCUAGGUGGCAAAAAAGAAGAUAAGGACAUCGACACGGAGAGAAUUCUCGAAAGGAAAGCCGCGUCGAUUACGACGGGUAUGAAUACACGGAUGCAGGUGCAGCGAUCCAGCUAUAUGAACAGAAAGAUGAAGCCGCAACAACAACAACAACAACAACUGAUUCCCCACCCUACCAUGGCUCCGUCUUCUUCUUCGGAAACAGGAGGGACGGCGGUGACGAGCGUUGCAACUACACUGAACGUCAACCAACACGCCUUCUGGUGCAAGGGUAUUGACGGGACGGAGCAGCGGGAGCGGGAAAGGCGGGCCGCGUUGGUGAGCGCGCAAAAGGUGCUGUUGGAUGGGCGUGGGUGCGCCACUAUCUUUGGCGGGUCAUCAGCUGGCCCGCUGAAUCCACACGACGCACCGGAAGUGCCGGUGUCGAUCUUCGCAAACCUCCCAGGUCGGUAUGAAGAGACGCUACGGGUGCGAUGCGGGGAUUUGCCGCCCACGCACAUCCCACUAACACUGGAGCUGAGUGGGAAGCCGGUGCUGCUCGACGCCACCACCGGCGGCUUCACGGUGCAGGACGGCAAGGAGGUGCUCCUAAUGCCGGCGGUGAUUGCCGGCGUGGGGCGGUCGCGGCGCACCAUGUUCCUCAUCAGCCGCGUCCCGCGUGAUCUAAAUGUGUCGGUGAAGAUAUUCCUAACCACCGCCACCUUCUCCGUUGUUGCCGUUGAUGAUGACGUUGCGGCCGGCGCCGUGACUCUGCGGCUGGAGCCCGUCUCAGAGGAAGAGCAGCAGCGCGAGUCGGCGGGCAAAGGGCGCGUGGCGGCUGCGCCCGAGACAUUCUUCCUCCCAACAAUGGCGUCGAAGGAGGUCACUAUUGAAUACGCACCAGACGCAACGUUCGUGAAGGCAGCAGACAAGGAGCGAGAGUGGCGUGGCGGCGUCAUCAUCACAGCAGAGGUGGCGGAAACCGCUUUCAACGAUGGAUUUCUCAUUGAUGAGUUCUACCGUAUAAACGCCACACGCUAUCCGGCGGAACGCUUCUUCAAGACAAAGCGUCUGCGGGAGCCAGAGCCGGCAUGGAUGAAGAGCAUCGUUCGGCCCAUUGCAAUGCUAAAGGUGCAGCCGUCUUUCAUCUCCGUCCCUGGUGUGGUGAAGAACAACGUCAUUAUUUCACCCAAACCGGGGGAGAUUACGGCAAUUAAGAAGAAAAUCAGUAUGAGAAGAGCUCAAGCUUCUGACAGCCCCCUUGGCAACGGCCAUCACGGCAGGAACGUUGCUGGAAACGCCAGAAACAACAACAGUAUCACUGGUGGUGGUGCCGGUGGUAAAAACAACAACAAUGACGGCAACAGCAGCAGGAGCAGCAGUGACGACGAGAAUGAGGAGGAGGACGACGGUUUGCAGGACGACAUAAGCGACGCGGAAAGUUCGCUGCAGGUGUACGCCUCAUCGGAGAAGAAUGCCCACGAUUCUCUGGAGAUGAUCCUCGCAAAGGAAGGGGAACGCGACGCAUUACGCGCAUUCAUAGCGCAGCGGCGGCAGGAGGUGGCAGCCCACUGCCGCCGUUACUUCAUCCCCAUCGAACUGGAGGUGCGGGCUCGCUGCGGCGUGGCAAAACUGACAGUUGAGCCGUCCGGCGACGUUGUGCGUUUCCCGCCGUACGUGGAGGGCACGUGGUGUGGUCAAUCACUGCGGCUUAGUAACAUGAGCUGUGCGGCGAUGGAGUUCAUACUCGAUGUUCCCUCUCCGUCCUUUCAAAUUGUAUCGACGCGGUUCAUCUCGACCAGCAGUGAAGACACCGCGUUGGAGGCGGACGACGAGGAGAAGGCGCUGACGCGGCGGAUGAUGGAGAGCCUGAAGUGGAGUAGCCGUGCGGAGCAAAAGAAGGCGCGGAUGGUGGUGGCGUCAAGCAAGCGCCGCUGCACGGCGGAUUUGGCGAGCAUGGAGGUAACCGUGCCGCGGUUCGCGUACCCCAACGAGAGUGAUAGCCGUGACAAGGUCGGUGGUAGAAGUGGCGCUGUUGGUGGUGGUGGUGGUGGUGCUGGCUCCCCGCAUAAAGACGCAAACCUUUUGAGGACCACAAAGCACCGCCUGCGCCCGCAUGAUGUUCUGGAGGUGGUGGUGGAGUACUGCAGGCCGUCAAGGGAGGAGGUGGAUGCCAUGAUGCGGCGCUGUGAAACGGUGGACGGGUGUCUUAACAUCUUAUACAUCCCUGACGAUGCUAUGCUUGCGGGACAGCCAACACAACAGCAGCCACCAUCACCACUACGGUCUCAGCGGCAACAACAGACACAACAACAACCCAAACAACAACAACAGACAGGAGACACAGCUCCCGCUGUCUGUUCACCCCCUGUGCUGGAGCUGCUACAGGUUGUCCCCCUCGCAGUGAUCUUUUCGUCGCCAUCGGUGAGCUGCAGCCCAUCGCAGCUAUGGUUCCGCCCUGGACAGCUGCUCCACGACGGCCGACCACAGCCAUCGUACACACAGAAGAUGAAGCUGUUGAGCUCGUAUCCUUCGGAGGUGAGUUUCGUAAUUAUUCCGUCACACCUAUCAUCCACACCCGUAACCACGGCCGCACCGCUGGCUUCCAACAUCGCGACCACCAAAAUGUUCCACAAGAAGCAGAUCAGCUCUGAUGAGACUAGCACCAGUCAGAAGCCCUCGCUGGUCCUUACUCGGGAACGACAGCUGAAGGAGGUGACACACUAUUGGGAUGAAGCUGGCGACGGCGAGGAGACUGCAGCGGAGGCCCGUACCGCCGAUGUGCAUGUGAUGGGCGAGGUAAAGCAUCUGCCGCAGGAGGAACCACGAACACACUCACCAUCACUACUACUACAAAAACAGCAACACCAACAGCAGCAGCUCAUUGUCUUGGAGGAUGCGACCCGCUUCACGAUUGUUCCUACCCAAGGAGUCAUUCCUGCCGCCACGCGAGGCGGACAGCCUGGUGUCUUCGAGGUCGAUGUGCGGUUUACGGAGCACGUGAACGUCCGCUUCGAGGCGGCGUAUGAUGUGAUGAUCAAUGACCGUCUGGUAGAUACAUGUAGGUUCACUCUCCGUGGGGAUAGUCGUGAGACGGAGAUAUGA